AUCUAAUUUUAUGCAUUAAAGUUGGGUCAUUGCACAGUGGAGGGCAGUAAGGAAUCUCUUGUAUAGACCAUAUAUGAGGACUGAGGACUGAGGGGCGGCAUUUUAUGACUUUUCAUCCUUUCCUUUCAAUUUUAUUUGCAUAUUAGAUACUUAUUCCUUAAAAAGAUAAGGAGAAAAAAUCUAGUAAUCCUUUUAAAAGCUAUAAGAUGCCCCCUCUUCUCUCCAUGCAAAACCCAAAUACAUACUGAAAAAUGGGAGAAGGAGAAGAGAUUCAUGUAGCUGAAGAUGAGAGAGUGAACAUUAGUCUUAAGGACCUCUCUAAGAAGCUUGAGGAAUUUGCCAAGGCCAGAGAUUGGGAGAAAUACCACAGUCCCAGAAAUCUACUCCUUGCCAUGGUGGGAGAGGUAGGAGAGCUAUCAGAAAUAUUCCAAUGGAGGGGAGAGGUGGACAAAGGGUUGCCAAAUUGGGAGGAAUCAGAUAAGGAGCAUCUGGGAGAAGAGCUAUCUGAUGUGCUUCUAUACCUCAUCAGGUUGGCUGAUAUAUGCGGCGUUGAUCUUGGUGAUGCUGCCUCCAAAAAGAUUGUCAAGAAUGCAAUCAAAUACCCACCCAAACCCAAACUCUCCUUCUAAUUCCCCCAACCAAAAAAGAAGAAGAAGAUGAUGACUUGUAUUUGUCUAUUUUGCUUGAUGAGCUUUACCUUGGAUUUUAAUAAAAUCUUCGUAUGAAUUUAGAAUGGAAUA